UAUAUUUAUUUUGAAUUUCUGUAUAUUUCAAUUAACAUUUAAAUAUAAAUUUAAAUAUACAGUAUAUAUUAAAUAACUGAUUCAUAGAACAAAAUGCAAUGUUUUGACAACUUUAAGAAAAAUAACAAAGAAUCGCAAUGGACUGAACCGUUUGUGUUCAUCCAUAGCACAGAUCCACAGUUUGGUUUGAUUGAUAGGAUGGCCGGUAAACAUGUGUUGAAAUGGGAUAAAGAAAUACAAUUAACAAGAGAUGCCAUUAAAGCCGUUAACCGAAUGCAACCGAAACCCAAGUUUUUGGUCGUCGGCGGAGAUUUCGUGCACUCAAUGCCCGGAAAUGCUGACCGAAAUCAACAAAUGUGUGACUUUCAAAUGUGUUUAGACCAACUCGACAAAGAUAUUCCUCUGGUAUUUGCUUGUGGUAAUCAUGAUGUAGGCGACUGUCCCACCAAUGAUACCAUUGAUGAAUAUCGACGAGACUUUGGAGACGAUUAUUAUUGGUUUACUUGUGGCGGAGUUUUUUCUAUUGUAUUAAACUCUCAGUAUUAUAAAGACGAUACACAUGUGAAAGAUUUGACCAAAAAACAGGAUAAAUGGUUGGAUGAAGUCCUGGAUAUCUAUAAACAACAUAAUUAUAAACAUUUAGUAGUUUUCCAACACAUCCCGUAUUUUUUGCGAGAAGUUUACGAAAAAGACGAUCGCUUUAAAACUUGCAUUAAAGAAGAUUUGCGGAUCAAAAUGUUAUAUAAAUUACACAAAUCGGGCGCCCGAUAUGUAUUUAGUGGCCACUAUCACAGUAAUGCCGGCGGUAUGUAUAAAGAUUUAGAACAAGUGGUCACUUCUGCACUCGGCGGACAAUUGGGUACCGAUCAGAGUGGACUCAGAGUUGUCAAAGUUUAUGAAAACAGUAUUCAACACCAAUAUUACAGUGUCGAUGAAAUCCCAGAAAUAAUACAACUCUAAUGUUUCAAAUGAUUUCAUCUAAUAAAUUAAUACAUUAU